AAAACAUCUGGCAUCUCUGAAAGGAAUUGCAUCAGAAUUUUCACUAAAUAUUUAUCGUGUAUAUCAAAAUGGACGUGUACAAUUAAUACUAAAAUUUAUUCCUCCGAAAAUGGAUGUUACCAGCGUCGAAUCAGAGAAGAUAACAGAUAGUUUUGAAAUUGCAAAUUACAUGUUUACCAUACGUAAACGCAAGGCCUUCUCUGUAUAUUGUGAUUACUUCGUACGUCAUUACUCAGAAAUAAUUCGUUGCUUUCGAGAUUGGAACUAUAUUGUGAAGCAAUUAGUGAUUGAAUGAUCUUUGAAAAAGAACGAUGAACUGUUGGAAAAAUGUUGCAUAGCAAAUAUUAUUUUCGGCAGUUUCUGUUCAAUGCUGAUAUGAAAUUCGUUCAUAAGUUGGGAAUACAUCUGCAAGGUGCACUUAAUGUAUAUACGUCAUAAAUAUAUGAGAGCGAAAAAACCUAACAAUGAUGACCGAUUACACUACCAAUCCUCACAACAUAUCACCCAGUGUUUCUGGAUCUGAUGUACCAUACGUUACGCUUUUAGCAAAACAGCAGUUAAUGCCACAUGACAGCACAUACAUGGUCAAGAAUAAAAUGUCAUCAAACAAAGAUUUGAGUACGAAAAGUUUUAGUUUCAUUGAAAACAUGUGGCAAAAAAUAACUAAAAUUCUUAUCCCUGCUGAGCAGCCUCUAAAUUUUCACGACAAAAAAAAACAAUCUGUGCCAGAUAUCGUUGUCGAUAGCAAGAUCCGUACGCCGUUUUUUGAACUGACAACCGGAAAAGCUAGAUUAUCGAUUCCAGAUCAAAACAAACAUAUAUCGUUUUCUCUGGAAAAUACCACACUUGAACGGGAUCCGGCAUACGAUACUUUAGGCGAGUUGAGCAACAAAUCAUCAAAAAGAAUUGAGAAACAUUGGCAUGGGAAAGACUUUACAGCUAAAAAUAGUAACGAAACAAACAAGAAACAGAUCAAAUGUAAAAUGAGUAUCAAAAAUCGUAAUGAAAAAAUUCGCCACAACCUGUUAGCUGACAUGCUAGAGGAUUAUCGACAGGAUGCAAAUAGCAGCGAGCAAGAAUCCGACGUAGAAUUUUAUGAUGCUAUACAGCAAGCAAGCUUUGAAGUGCAGCAAAAUAUGAAGAAUAAUAACAGUAAACGGUUUGUUCCGACAUGUACUUCACUUUAUGAUGAAACUUUUCCUGACAUUGAACGUUCUGUUAAUGUAUCUAUGUCGCACGAAUUCUUUCGAGCGCAGCACACGCGGCAAACAUCAGAAUGUGACAGUGAAGACAGUUUUGUAAUAUUCUCAGAUGAUGCACCGCAGGUGAUUACUUCAACAAAUCCAAUAAAGCAACAACACAUAUGCGCAAAAAUCAACCACAUUUUCGCUAAACCGCUGUUCAGACGACAGAGACAAAUAUCUGAAUGCAGUGAUGACAGUAUAGUUUUUUGCUAUGAAAAUGAUUGCGAGGCGGAAGAUAUCUAUUGUGAAACAAUGAGCACAGGUGAAAAUUCUUCAGACGAGGAAGAUAUAGAAAACAGAAGCAGUUUCGAAAACAGUGAAAGUAAUUUGUCCCAACAGCUUGAUUCGGGCUUCGAAGAAAAAAAGGUCCGGUUUAACUUAAAUCCAGAAGUUCAUGUAAUUCGAGUUUGGGAUUUCGCGUCUAGGCAGGCACGCAAAGGUGAAUGGGAGACAGCAGCGAGGGACCGGGAACGAUUUAGAAAGCGAAUUGAAGAGAUAGAACCUGUAUUAAAGCCUGUGUUCGACUGUAAUCUACGUGAAACUGUAUUUCGUGAUAGAUUCUCUUGUUAGUGAAGACUCGUCUGAUUUGAAUAUGAAAAAUGAAUGCAAUCUAAAUAGCACACUUUAUAUAGCGAUAAAUAAAAUGUAUGAAUUAUAGAA